UCGUUCUAUUUUAGACCUUUUACUUGAGAAGUGGAAGUAGUAACAGUGUUGUCUAGGUUCAAUGAGCUAAAUCUUACUUGUUGCGCAUUCUAAACAUUGCUGGAUUUUUAUACCUAUCUGGAGGUUCUCAGCCUUCCAUAGAUUUUCAAGUUUUGAUUUUCUUUUAACCAACAAGCUUCCUCACUGAGUUAGACCCGAAUCUCUACAGUUCAUAAGAAAAAAGUUUGCGAAAUAAAUUUUUCCUGAAACUGGAGACUCAACUCUGCUUUAAUCUCUUACUCAUGGUCGGCUGUGUUCUCUUCUUACAUUUUAUUGAGCGAAGAUUUACUAAUAUUAUUUGUUAUAAACAGCGUCAUAGUUCUGUUGCAUAAAGAUUUAAAUACUCAAUCAUUUGGUUGAUGAAGGCCAUGCAGCGAAAAUUUUCUAAAUAGUGUUUUAAAAUUUAGCAAUUAACAAAUUUUACAUCUGGUAUUUCAGACUGUUUUGUUGUGAUUUUGGUGAAUCAAUGCAGCUCGCUUCCUGCCUAGUACUGCGGACUACAGAGUAUUUCGUGUUAGGGUACAAAUGACUAGGAUUUCUAAGCUCCUGUAAUCCAUGAUGUUGGUGGAGUGUGCCACUACAUCCAGCAACUCGAAUGUCACAAACUACAUCUCAACCACAUUUUCAUCUAUCAGCCUAAAUUCCCCAACUUGCACUAGCUCUGCCACAUCUUGUGCCACAUCCGCCAAAUGCACCAAUGUCAACUGCUCAACAAGCCUUGGCAGCAACACCACCAGUGGCUACAUUAGCAAUGGCCCAAGUGGUAAUGAUGAAACUAAGGUGCCUGUCAUAUCUGCAGUUUUGCCGGUUGUCAAUAUUGCAAAUAAUUCUGCAUCAGAUCUCCUGAGCAGUGGUAGUAACAGUUGCAGUGAUAGCUUAGGAAAUAGUAUCAGCACCAAUAGCAUAAGUAACAGCAAUAGCAUAGGCAACAGCUGGAGGUUUCCAAAGAAUGAAGAAGAGCAUUUCAAUGGAGGAAACUGCGAGUCUCCUUGGCAUCUGCAGUCAUCCAUGGAGGCAAGACCAGGUGCCAAUUACUCAGCCAAUAGAUCACCGGUAUUUAGUGAGAGCAACCUUUUACAAAAAGCCUGCUCAGACACUGCAGGCCGUUCUAUGAAGUAUGGCUCACCUCUCUCAGAAAGCAAGAUUUGCAAAAAAAGUAAUGGGAAAGUUCAAUGUGAGUCUAAAAGCAUUUCCAACAUGGUGGAUGUAGAGGCAUGCUUGGCCAAUACACCACCCCAUCUGCUGAUCCGGUCACUGUCUUCCUUAUCACAUCACUCAACUCAGUUGUCAACCCUGCCCAGGCCUCAGGAACAGGAACCAGUCGGUAGCCACACCCUGCAGAAGGGCGUCCUACAGCAGGCCAGGGACCGAAUCUUCUCGCGCUGGAAGGAGCGUUACUUCGUCCUGACCAGGGACUACCUGGCAUGCUUCAGGAGAGGCUCCACCAAGUACUCGGAGAUGGGUUCCUUUAUCUUCAAGGUGAACCUUGCCAGUGUGGAGGGCGUGUACUGGGAGGAGCGGCGUGGCAGCGCCGUGGUGGCCGUCGAGCUGCCCAGGGAGGGACGCGUUCUGCUUAGAGCUCGUGCCAAUGAAGCCCAUCUCCUGCAGGGCUGGUAUCGCGCGCUGCUCGACGCCACGACGUCUUCAAAGCUGCGACGCACGGCCCUGCGUCGGGGCACUUCGACCAGCACCCUGCACCUCCACCCCUCAUCGUCUACUCCAUACCACUCAUCUACUGCCCCUCACCACUCCACGGCUACUCUCCCUCACCACUCCACGACUACUCUUCCUCACCCACCUUCCCUCUCUCUCAUCCAUCACGCUGCUUUACCCCACUCUUCACCUUCAGGCAUGAGCAGUUGCAGCAGCAGCAAGUGCGGCACUGAGGAGCGUCUGAGUUGUGCUAAACUGCAGCAGCAGCGCACGUCCGCCUGCCCUGGCGGCUCGCUGGACACUGACCCGCCGUCAACACCGCUGUCCUCCCUCACCUCCCUGCACAAACUGUCCUCAAACGCCUCGUCUGGGUCAGGCUGCGGGUCUUCCGUCGCUUCAUCCCCUGGGCUGGGGACUUGUAUUGCCCCCAGCGGGUGGUCGCCGCGGUCGCGCUUUAGUUUGGUCGAAAGUCCUCGGCGCCCGCUCCCCUCCGCGGCCUCUAUGUGCCCUCCUAAGACCCGGCAUUCCCUCUGCCUUGACCCCUCCGACCAGCCGCAUUCCCGCCUGCUGCCCACCAGGACCACUCCCCUCACUCCCAUUUCGUCCAGCCUAGGCUUCCCCUCAGCCCGCAGAUUCACACAUUCCCCUGCCGGUCACACGCGGCGAUCACUUUGCUUGGACUCGCUGUCGGCGUCACGGACUUCCCUGGUGAGCCUCACUCCCCGCAACCCUUUACUUGAGCUGCUCGAGACCUGCCCGCCUCCCUCUGCUGGUCCCAUUCCUUGCCCUGUGGGCCCCUCUGCCGGCCCCAGCCCCUGUUCUAAGGGGCCUUCUACAGGCCUCAACCCCUGCCCUGUGAGGCCCUCUGCUGGCCUCAACGCUGAAGUCGCUCAGCCCAGCGAAGCUCCCCCGUCUGCCCUGGCCCAGCCCAGAACGCGCACCAGCCUCACGCUCUUCAGAAACUCGCCGCUCUUCAAUUAAGACUUGCAAAAUUUUCUGUUGAUGCCGCGUGCGUGGGAUCAGUUUUUGUGGCAUCAGUCCUUGCUCCUGUCCAGUUAAGGUUUUAAUUCUUCCCAAAUGAUGAAGCUCAGUUGAGAUCUACAGAAUUUUUAAUUUUCUGUGUUGACAAUUAAUCUUCAUGUCUUCAUUAAUGCCUUGCAUGUGUUCCCUGAUAAUGCUUUAUUCAGUUUUAAUUAUAUCUGCAUUCAUGUGCUUAUCGUUAAAUAAUGUCUCUGCAAUUAAUCUAUCUCCUUUGUUGUUCUUCUCAUUGACAACUAAUGUUGUUCCCAAGAAAUGUAAAGUUUCAUAGUUCGUUUAUAUGUAAAUAGCGAUUUCAGAAUGGCCAUGAAAUAAUGUAUCAAGAAAAGUUUCUUGCGGCCCUGACCUCACUUAAGAUACAAGUGAUCUUAUUCAUCUUGCAAUAUAAUGAUUGGUUUUAAGUAGGUAGUCUCUUAUUCAUCUUGCACCAUGAUUGGUUUUAAGUAGUCUCUAAUUCAUCUUGCGAUAUAAUUUUAAACCAAAUUGAUUUUACUAGCGUUUGACGUUGAUCAAAAGUUUUAUAUAUGAUGUGUACUGUAGAAUAGUCUGUUGGCCUCCGCAACACAACCAGCUACUUUUUUCUAUGCUGAAUUAUGAUGAAUGACGAUGAAUUUUCACAAUGAUGAAUAAUUAUCACAAAAAGCUUGUUUUUGAUCAAUAUGAUUAAUUUUCCUGGACACAGCCCCUUAGUGUCUGUUUUUACCUCCACUUGGGCCUCUACUUCUCUACAAAAGCUGGAAAGUUCUGGUCUUUCUCUUUUAUGUUUACGAGCACUAGUUCAGCUCAACAGCCAAAUUGGGUGCAAGGGUAUGCGAUAUCAUAAUUCUAAUAUUCUUCGAUGGGUUAAUCAAUGAUAAUUAUGAAUUAUGCAUUCAUUAAUGCAUAAUUCAUAAUAUAUAUUCAUAAUUGAAACAUAUACUCAGCAAACCACUGUUUUGGAGAAUUUUUUAGCCCAUUUUCUUUGGUUUAAGAUGCGAUAACAGAUUUUGGAACGGUGUACCUGCUUCAUUGAAGCAGUUUCUUAUGUUGAAUUAACAAAGCUUAUUAUAGUUUGAGUAUAAGGCUGGAUUUUCAUGCCAUGUGUAUUCGCAUGACUCCUAUGAUCGCGGUGCAGAGGCGGACGAUCAAUGAUUGUGCCCAGGAACACGUCCAGUCUCUUGCAGGUCCCCAGGGUGAACUCCCCCUCUCUUAGAUCCUUCGGUAGGACGCCAGUUGUGUGUAGGUGACUUUAAUGUGUGUUCUUAAUGUACUGUUCAACAGUGUGUCCUGACUGCUGACAGUUGUACGUCUAGGUGACUUUAAUGCGUGUUCUUGUGUACUGUUCAACAGUGUGUCCUGACUGCUGACAGUUGUGUGUUGGUGACUUUAAUGUGUGUUCUUGUGUACUGUUCAACAGUGUGUCCUGAUUGCUGACAGAUGUGUGUGUAGUUGACUUUAAUGUGUGUUCUUGUGUACUGUUCAACAGUGUGUCCUGACUGCUGACAGUUGUGUGUGUAGCUCGCUGUUCACUCAUCGUUUUGACUGCCCGUCAACCGAGUUUGAUUGCGUGUAAAGUCUGCAUAGUUUCAGCGUGCACCGCUUUACUCGCAUAAGAUCAAUAACAAAGUGUACUUUAUUAUUUUUGAAGCUUCAUUUCUUAUAUAUCAUUGACUACGAUAUGCAGGUGGCGUAUUGUCUUUUUCAUUAUAUACGAGGAGAAAAAGCUUCAGAAUUUAUAAAUAACUUCUUGUGUUCAGGGAAAAAGUAAAAUGUUGUUUUUGCAUUUUAAUUUAAAGUUUGAGUUUAAACUUUAAAGUAAGUAUCAAAAUUGUCAAUGACGAUGCUAGUGAUUUUAUUGGUUAUUGAUAUUGACGACUCUUCAUCUUGCCACUCUUCGUGAUAGGAAUUAUUCUGCUCAGAAAUGAUCAUCAAGUUGAUAUUUGUUUUAAACUUUUUAUUUAUGCGCAAUGCUAAUUUCAAUUGUCUUUUAAUAUGGAAUUUGGUUGAUUCUGAACUGGAUGCAUGUAUGGUGAUCAAUAAAAACGUUGAUUGAACUUGACUGAGAACUUCGAAGGGCUCUAGAGGUGACGUGAGGCUCGACUGCUGUUGAAUGUUGGGCUGUAGAAGGGACGGCCUCGAAUUUAUUACUCUGCUAUGUAGGAAUUUCUGGAAGUUACUUUCCUCCCGGGAUUAAUUUUCACUUGAAUUCAAAACCCAUAGCUAUGAAUUAUUAUGAGGUAGAGUAAAUUAUUAGAAUUUAAGUUUAUGGCAAGUUUCCUUUGCGAUUCUCAUUUUAAGUUUGUUUAUUGAUGAAGUUUAAUUGUUAAAUUAGAUUUUUAAAACGUUAGCUUGAUUAAGAUCAUGAUUUAUAUUGAAAUAGAGUACGGCGUUCGUUAUUCCUGCCAUCGCUUGUUCAUUCCACUUGUGUAUUAAAAACCAUUUUACCUGUAAGCGUUUCAGAAAUAUCCAUUAGAUGAGAAAUUGCCUAAUUAUUUUUACGAUGAUAACUUCUUGUUUACUCGGAUAUUUAGGACGAUAAUUCUGAACAAAUUUUCCAUUGCCAGAUUAUACCUCUGACUCAUUGAUAUUACAGCAUUUUGAUGCCAUCAUGCUCAUUCUCGCUCAUUAAUGACUAUAGAUGAUGUAGCUUGGUUCAAUGCUUCAGUUUGAUCACGCAGUGCAAUCGUUGCUACCACAUUCCAGCCUAGCUUUAGGUUGCAUUCUCUCGCUUUAAAUUGACAUUCCCAUUGGACAUUUCAUCUCACGGAGCGCUGUGUUCAGUUAUUGAAACAUUUCUCAUGGAAAACUUGCAUUGGCGCUUGUGUGUGUCUGCUUUUCUGUGACACAUUCCUGUCAGGCGCAGUUGCUGCCAUGGCAGCACCGCGGGCACUUCAUAUACGAGAUCUUAACUUUAUUUAGAAUAAGGCUUUCAUUAAGCAAUACAAAUGUCUACUGAAUCUCAUUCGAAUCUUCUCUUGAAGUGAUGUCGAUUGUGGUAGACAGUGAUUAUUGUGUCACUGCACAGUUUCAUUUCUUGCAAUCCAUUCUGAUAAUUUAUGUCCUCAUUUCUUGUCUUUCCCCACGCACUGCACUGCAAUCACCACAGCAGAAGUCCUCACCAAAGCUUACAGUUUGUGUAAAGCCCAAAGUCCUCUUAUACCUGAGUCUUGAUCCCUCACCAGCACUCACUAAGUCGAAGCAUACUUGCCAUGCGGAUGGUUAUUUCUGUUACUAACCCUUGUUGACUAAUCAGUAAUAUGAUAUCUUCUACGAAAUGCAGGGACGGUAAAUGAUGGCGCACCAGAGUAGUUAAUCUCUCAUCGAGGACUGGGAGGUGGAGGGGGGCGCCAAUAUCUACUUAUAGAGACCGCGAGUUGUGUGCGUCUGAGAAGUUUGUAGCUCAGAAGCAGCGAGUUCGAUUACCCAAUUUAACGUCGGUGACAAUAACGUGUGCUCGCUGAGCGCGGUGGCGUGGCGGCGGCACUGAGUGCAAGAAUGCUGCCUUCGCGCAAUAUUCGCUUGCUCCAUUAUUCUAUUUUGUGAAUCUUUCAUGAUCGAAUUUAAUUCUUGCAUUUAAAUUGAAAUGAUGAAUUUAUGUUAAAUAAACAGCAAUAAUUAAAUAAGUGUUAUUAUGGAAUUGUGUCGAGCGCUUGUUGGGCUUUUAAAAUUCAACGCUAGCCGCCGAAUCGGAUCCGCGAAUUCCUCAAAAAAUUAAAUGUUGGUGUCGUUGCCCGACAUUCAUGUACCACACCAGUUGCUAGGGCGAACCAAUACUCGUGUGGACUUUAAUACUUAUUUGUACUGUGUACAUUGAUGAUGUUGUUAGUGUGUGACAUGAGAACAAUCCUUACGUGUAAAAGCAUCCGUUCCAGAUAGCAUUUAAUAAUCAUUGUCGUAGGCUAGCCGUUCGCUCUCAAUGAGGGCACGAUGUCUCGUGUAAUGUCUCGGUUUUUCCAUCUCUAACUUUCUAGAACCUUCCCUCCUUCUAUCACUGUUUUUUU